CUCCUCGAACAGAAAAUGAGUAGCUGUCUCCUCAGACUUCUCCUCGUGGCCUGCGUCCUCCCCCCCCGCUGCUCCGCUGCGCCCGGCACCGAGGCGGAGGCGCACGCGGCGUCCCGGGAUACCUGCGCGUCCUGCGGCAUCGCUCAGCCCGAGGACCCGGAGUCGGGCCGGGUGAACGUGGACUUCCUGGAGGCGGUGAAGAGGCACAUCCUGAGCCGGCUGCAGAUGCGGGACCGGCCCAACAUCACGCACCCGCUGCCCAAGGCGGCCAUGGUGACGGCGCUGCGCAAGCUGCACGCCGGGAAGCUGCGGGAGGACGGGAGGGUGGAGAUCCCCAACCUGGACGGACACCCCAUGAGCAACGAGGUGCAGGAGGAGAACUCCGAGAUCAUCAGCUUCGCAGAGAAAGACGACCUGGUGACCUCCAAGUCCAGCCUGUUCUUCCUGAUCUCCAGCGAGGGGAACCAGAACCUGUUUGUGACGCAGGCCACCCUCUGGCUCUACUUCAAGCUGCUGCCGGCUCCGGGGGAGGUGCGUGGGCGGCGGAAGGUGACGGUGAAGGUGUACUACCAGGAGCCGGGCCUCAGCAGCAAGUGGAACCUGGUGGAGAAGCGGGUGGAGCUGAAGCGCAGCGGCUGGCACACCUUCGUGCUGACCGACGCCGUGCGGCUGGUGUUCGAGAAGGGCGACCGCCGGCAGAACCUGGACGUGCGCUGCGAGGGCUGCGAGGCGGAGGGCGUCAACCCCGUCCUGAUCAACCACAACGACGAGUCCCACCGGCCCUUCCUGGUGGUGCAGGCCCGGCAAGCCGACAACAAACACCGGAUCCGCAAGAGGGGGCUGGAGUGCGACGGCAGCAGCAACCUGUGCUGCCGCCAGCAGUUCUACAUCGACUUCCGGCUCAUCGGCUGGAACGACUGGAUCAUUGCGCCGUCGGGCUACUUUGGGAACUACUGCGAGGGGAACUGUCCCGCCUACAUGGCCGGCGUCCCCAACUCCGCGUCGUCCUUCCACACGGCGGUGGUGAACCAGUACCGCAUGAGGGGCAUGAGCCCGGGCUCCAUGAACUCCUGCUGCAUCCCCACCAAGCUCAGCACGAUGUCCAUGCUCUACUUCGACGACGAGUACAACAUCGUGAAGCGGGACGUUCCCAACAUGAUCGUGGAGGAGUGCGGCUGCGCCUGAGCGCCGCUAACCCCCGUUUAUUUAAGGUGGAACUGAAGAACUCGACUGUAAACGAUUCACGAUGUUACAACGGAAGAUGAGUAUAGAAACAGAAUAUUUAUGGACGAAGGACAAAACAUGAGCACACACAACCUCAUCCACACAUAUCCACACCCCCUCAUGUAUGCCUGCACAAAAACAACUUGUAUAUAUAUUUAUGUUUGUUGAUAUAUUUUGUUAUAUUCUCUGGUGGACACGAUUCCGUCUCCUUCAAAGGGACGUCAGCAGUUUCCAGAUCGCUAAGAAUCCACUUUGGACAAACAAUCAGCGUCUGAAGUUCUUGGUUGAAUCUUGGAAAGCAAGGAUCUGCUCUGUUCCACGACCUUCUGGCCUUUACCGAGCUGUCAGCCUCCAUGUUAGACGUGAAGGUGUCGGGAGCCUUACGCCCGGGAUCGAACACCCGGGACGAGCACUGACCACGUCCCUCCAACGUACAGCACUUCUGUUUUCUGAUUCACAAACUGUUCCACCAUUAAAUGGCUUCAGGCACAAUGUUCACACGAGAACGUUCAACGAGGUCUCAGUCGAGAAACCAGGAAUCGAUCGUCCAAACGUACGACUACAGGAGAACCUACGAUCUAUGAGAAGGUUUCUCCUCUCGGCCACGCAGUGUAAAUAAAGAUGGACGACGCGUCUUCUCUUCCUCUUAACAGAAGUGAAGCCGAAAUGUCUCGAAUACGACGGCGGCCAUCUUGCCCCCAAAGAGUCAGAGCAGUAGUAUCGAGGGCCCGCCCCUUCAAUCAAUCCUGAGUCAGUCUCAGCUGUCAAUCAUGACGUCUCAGCCCAUUUUUAUAUCAAUUAAUGAAACAAUGUUUGAAGAAUAUUAAUUUAACGUUUACUUUGAUUUGGUUCAUGUCCCAUCUGCUGACAUGGAGGAGGCUUAUAAGUUAUACUGCAGCCGGCCACCAGGGGGCGAUAGAGAGGAUUCGGCUUCACUUUUGGGAACUGUCAUGUCGUCCAUCUUUCUUUCUUGAGAACACAAAAUGUGACACCGCCCGUCCACUCUGAACAAACAUGGUCUGGAGGUCCAAAGCCCUUGAGGGCCGGGGGUUCGAUUCCCUCCAGUCGCUCCCAACAUCUGUCAUUUCAGUCAGUGAAAGUGAAAAGUUGCCAUAUUGCUCGGUUUAAUGAUGGUGCAGCUUGGCACUUCCCCGACGCACUCUUUGAUAGCACUUAGCAGAUUGAGAUGCCUUUAACGAGCCCUAGGUGGCGCUGCGCCGCCCGCGGCCCUGAUCAGCCAGAAACAAGUGCCGCAUGAGCUAUGCAAUGUAGAGGACAAGCUGAAGGGACCAACUAUCACCAAUACUUGAAACGUAUGAGUGGCGAGCAGGUUGGAUCCCGGAGGAGGAGGAGGAGGAGAGGAGGAGGAGAGGAGGAGGAGGAGAGGAGGAGGAGAGGAGGAAGAGGAGGAGGAGGAGAGGAGGAGAUAUAUAGUUGGACCAACAUUAAAUAUAUACAGAUCGACUGAAACUUCAUUAAAUCAAAACAUCCAUUGGCUGUUGAAAUGAUAUAAACUUUAUGAAAAGAGGUGACGGAUAAAAACAAGAAUAAAUCACAUUCCCACAUUCUGAUGAGAAUUAAAAUGAUUGAUUUUUAAAUUGUUAAAAACUGCAGUAAAACAGAUUUAUUCUCUUCUUCUGUCAGAGUUGUAGAGUUUUAGAGUUUUAGGGUUUGAUCGCUGGUCCCCGUGGACGUCCUGUCAGAGACGUUUAGCACCGUAACACACUGAGACACACACUGAGACACACGGAGACACACUCUGAGACACACACUGAGACACACACUGAGACACACACUGAGACACACUCUGAGACACACUCAGACAAACUUUGAGACACACUGACACACACUGAGACACACUGAGACACAUUUUGAGACACACACUGAGAAACACAAUGAAACAAUCUGAGACACACACAGAGACACACACAGAGACACACACUGAGACACACUUUGAGACACACACUGAGACACACACUCCAGGUGAAACUCCUCCUCCAGCGUUCCGCCCUCCCUCUCUCACCGCCUCGCUCGCCCACUCCUCUCUCUCACUUGUUCUUCAGAGCGAGCGGUUGUUAGAAUAUAUUUACACUGAGGACGUGUGUGAAUAGUAAAAAUAAAAAAUAAAUAGAAACUGCCAUUGAAUAAUGAUAAAAAAAAGUAUUUUUAUAGAAGCAAAAAUUGAGCUCUGUUCAAAUGUAUUAUGUGGAGUCAUGAACCAAAGAGGCCACGAGGUUUAGCUGUUGUUGUAAUGACUUUGUUCAGAGGCCUAAACACUGUAUCAGGGUAUUAAUCUCAAUCCAUAAUCUGCUUCUUUUCUAUUUUCUACCUUCACAUGGAAUAUUUCAUAUUUUUUCAUCAAAUGACCUUCUUCUUCUUUUUGUUAGCGCUUGUUCCAGAACCGCUGAGGGUGAAGCUGGCGCCAUCUGAUCCCUGUACAGUCCAUGUAACAUACGAAUACGCUUUUGAAAUAUUCUGUUCUUUGUUAUUGUUGGAAAAUAAAUUUCUUAUUACCAAA